UCUCCGGGGCGUUUUGCGCUCCCUCUCGCCAUCACCCUGUCGUCCGAUUGGGUAUCAGCGCCCUCUCCAGGGGGUGCUAGUGAAGAGCUGAGCGAGGAAUUGGACAAACCUCUGGAGAGCGAUGCCGAGGGCGUGUGGAGUCCAGACAUCGAGCAGAGCUUUCAGGAAGCGCUGGCCAUCUAUCCGCCCUGCGGCCGACGCAAGAUCAUCCUAUCAGAUGAGGGCAAGAUGUACGGUGUCCAGUCACAUUCAGGUGCUGGCGCGUCGGAAGGCUCGGGAAAUCCAGGUGAAAUUCAAGGACCAGGCAGCCAAAGAUAAAGUCCUCCAGAGCAUGUCCAGCAUGUCUUCAGCUCAGAUCAUCUCAGCCACGGCCUUUCAGAAUAAGAUGGCCCUGCAGGGGCUCUCGCGGCCGGCGUACCACACAUCUGCUGGGUUUUGGCACGGAGCUCUCGCGGGACAACCCGCCGGUCCAGAAGACAUCAAGCCAUUUUCACAGCCGAAUUUCCUCAUGCAGGCCUCCGGCCCUCCACCUAUAACAGGUUAUGAGAGCUCUACAGGUCUGUCCAUGUCCUCCAGCGUGCCGCCCUGGCACGGUCGCAGCAUCUCCGGCUCUCAACUCCGCAUGCUGGAGUUCUCCGCGUUUCUGGAGCAUCCUCAGGACCCGGAGACUGUCAACAAACAUCUGUUCGUACACAUCGGUCAGACCAACCCCACAUACAGCGACCCGUUCUUAGAGGCUGUUGACAUCCGACAAAUCUACGACAAGUUCCCGGAGAAGAAAGGCGGGCUGAAGGAGCUGUUUGAGAAAGGACCCGCCAACGCUUUCUUCCUCGUCAAAUUCUGGGCUGACCUCAGCAUCAACCUCCAGGACGACAGCGCUUUCUUCUACGGCGUAUCCAGUCAGUACGAGAGCACUGAAAAUAUGAUCAUCACCUCCUCCACUAAAGUCUGCUCGUUCGGGAAACAGGUGGUGGAAAAGGUGGAGACGGAGUACGCACGCUUUGAGAACGGCAGAUAUGUGUUCAGGAUUCAUCGCUCGCCGCUGUGUGAAUACAUGAUCAACUUCAUCCACAAACUCAAACAUCUGCCAGAGAAAUACAUGAUGAACAGCGUCCUCGAAAACUUCACCAUCCUGCAGGUUGUAACCAGCAGAGACACAUUAGAAACGUUACUAUGCAUCGCUUACGUGUUUGAAGUCUCGACUAGUGAACAUGGAGCUCAACAUCACAUCUACAGACUGGUGAAGGACUGAGACCAGACCCUUCUGUGAGGUCAUAUAUUCAACACAACAGCGCCCCCCUCUGGCUGUCUGUCUGUGGUUCUUCAGUGGACAGAGACCGUGCGGGACAGACGCAGUCCUACUGGUCAGAGAUCAGAGACACGAGGAGACACGUCCGCGCUACUGGAAUGUUCUGGAAUCACAACACCUGAAUGUUGAAUUCAUUUUUAUAUAAUGAGAACUUUAUUAUUGGGAUGAUGCAUGAAAACAUUUUUUUUCCAUUUCAGUUCAUUUUAGCCCAAAGUGUUUGAAGAAAAUCUGACUAUAACAGACUCUUGGUUCUGGUCAUGAAGAUGAAGUUUAAACAACAGACUCAAGCACUGGAUGUUUCGUGAUGGUUUUCCUGUAGAUUUACCACAUUGUAUUUAUCAGCCGUAUUCUUGAAUGUUGAAAAACGUAAUCCACUCGAUUUAAAACCGUCUGACCUGCAAUGAGCUUGUGAAUGACUUACUGGAAAUACUCCACGAGCGUGGAGAUAAAACUGUGUACAACAUAUCUUUAGAUCUUUUAGAGUUUUGUUGCAUCAAACCCAAUAUGUCAGAUAACCGUCUGAUAUAUGGAAUAAAAUGUGU